GCAAUAAAUUACCACAACAAAGACCUGAGUAUUGCCCAGGAAGUCGGCGACAGGGCCGGAGAAGGACGUGCCUAUGGCAAUCUCGGCAAUGCUUAUCACUCCCUCGGCAAAUUUCAAGAAGCAAUAAAUUACCACAACAAACGCCUGAGUAUUGCCCAGGAAGUCGGCGACAGGGCCGGAGAAGGAGAAGGACGUGCCUAUGGCAAUCUCGGCAAUGCUUAUCACUCCCUCGGCAAAUUCCAAGAAGCAAUAAAUUACCACAACAAAGACCUGAGUAUUGCCCAGGAAGUCGGCGACAGAGCCGGAGAAGGAGAAGGACGUGCCUAUGGCAAUCUCGGCAAUGCUUAUAAAUCCCUCGGCAAAUUCCAAGAAGCAAUAAAUUACCACAACAAAGACCUGAGUAUUGCCCAGGAAGUCGGCGACAGGGCCGGAGAAGGACGUGCCUAUGGCAAUCUCGGCAAUGCUUAUCACUCCCUCGGCAAAUUUCAAGAAGCAAUAAAUUACCACAACAAACGCCUGAGUAUUGCCCAGGAAGUCGGCGACAGGGCCGGAGAAGGAGAAGGACGUGCCUAUGGCAAUCUCGGCAAUGCUUAUAAAUCCCUCGGCAAAUUCCAAGAAGCAAUAAAUUACCACAACAAAGACCUGAGUAUUGCCCAGGAAGUCGGCGACAGGGCCGGAGAAGGACGUGCCUAUGGCAAUCUCGGCAAUGUUUAUCACUCCCUCGGCAAAUUCCAAGAAGCA